CACGUACAUUAAGACACAGCAGUAUACCAAACACUGAGUUGUAUUUUAGUCAGUUCAUUCUUGGAUUACCCAACACGAGUGUAUUGUGAAUUUUAUUUUAUUUUUCGAACAUAUAAGAUGGGAUAUUUUUGCGUUAGGAACAGGGUCAUGAACAGCGUGCUGCUGUUCCUUUUCACAUUAGGAAACGUGCAAUCAGGGGUUAGUGAUAAACUUCAUAACGAUGACGAUUAUGGUGAACCGUAUUUUCUAAAGGCUCCUACAAACAUAACGGUUCGUGAAGGAGACUUGGCAAAACUAAAGUGUCGAAUAGCGAAUCUUGGACCGAAAAUGGUGGUUUGGAGAAAAACGAAUGAAGAUUAUCCAUUGACGAUUGGGGAAAUGUCUUUCUCACAGGACGACGAAAUGUCGAUCGAUCACUCCCAGAUCACCAAAACAAGUAGCACCUGGGAUUUGCUUAUUAAAAAUGUGAAGCCAAAACAUGCUGGAAUGUACGAGUGCCAAAUCAGCGCGAACCACCUUAUUGCUCACUAUGUCUCACUCAAUGUCGUUGAUAAAUCGGAGAUGCGACCAGGUAAACAGACCCCUAUGCUAGCCAUUGACGCGAUAGACUUUGAGACAGAACUACGAAUCAUCGGCAACACUUAUGUGAAUAUGGGGACUGUGAUCCACCUAAUUUGCAACGCAACGGGGGCUUACAGAGCACCGGAAGCAGUUGACUGGUUUUACGACGGAAAUAGGAUUCACACGGCAGACGAGAGGUGGAAAGGCAGGGUGGAGAUUUUGAAGCACGAAUCUUUCGAAGGCAAAUAUUAUGUCAGCGAAUUGAUUAUUGACAAGAGCCGGCUGGAAGAUAAUGGGGAUUAUGUCUGCAGGAGCUCUGAUUUGGCCGUCAAUAGCGUUAAAAUCCACAUUUUAAAUACGGACAAAGAUAAUUUAACAAGGCGAGGGUCUGGCAAAGAUGCUCAAAGUGAAUCCAUCAGUUCCGAUCCAGAUAGUGGGUGUUGUCGAAUGCAAACCCAGGCUAUACAAUUGAUGACAUUCGCGAUAUUUGUGCUAGUUUGCAGGUGAACAUGUUUCAAGUUGGGAUCGAAUAGCACCAUGGAAGUGCCUUUUAACACUACCACAUACACAAACGUAAUAAUUCAGAAAUUUUUCUUGAGGGAUGGAUUAUAAACGUAAUAUACCCUUAAUGCACAGUGUUAUAUUGUCAUGUAGAGUCACCAAUAGAGCAAAUUGUGACCGUUGGAAAUCUUACCUCUUUACAAAGGAAUGCAGAUAUACACUUUUCAAACGAACAAACUGCAUCGCUGGAUAACAUGAGUCAUUAAGCGAGAUAUGACAGUUGACCAUAUUGAGUCGAUUGUUUUGGAUAGUGGUGUUCUGUAUCGACGCACUUUGACAUAAAGUGAUGACGCACAAGUCAAAAUAACUCCUUAUGUGAUUAAUGUAUGUGUUACACACUUUUCCAAUUGUAUAUUGAGUAUUAUGAUAAUAACAAUGUUCAUAAUAGUCUUAUCGAAUUUCUGCAACCAAUACGUAUAGUACUCAACAUUUAAAUACGAAAAGCCGUAUCAGAUACUAAUAUUGUAUGUAAUUAUAUAAAAUUAGUACAUGUUCAUGUUAGCACCAAAGUUUGGUCGGCUUUGAAAAGUUUAGACAUGCCUCAAAUCAAAUUGGUAACUUGACAAAUGAAGUGACUUUAAUACGUUAUUUUUUGGAGAAAAUGUGGUACUUAAAUGUAAGCUUAGAUAAUUCGUGAUUUUUGUUUUGGUAUUUAACGAGUUGUUAACAAAAAGGAGGUACAAAACAAAAGGAAUGUUACAUAGGUAUGAUGUUAUGGAAGCGUAAAUCAAUAUCGUUGGUCCUAAGAAUACCAUGCUAGCUUAGUUUUCUUAAAGUGUCACAAAGCAGUGAUAAGUUUGAGUUUGUUUUAUAGAUUCGGAACAAUCAAUUAAUUCAUUAAUUUUUGGAAACAAAUAGUAUUAAUUUAUAAACCCGAGUAUGACAUCCCAUCAUUUUGUAAAAGUCUAACAACACAGUAUUAAACUGUUCCAAAAUGUAAGGAACAAAUAAAAUGAUGUACACCUCUGUUUAAUUGUAUUCAAACGUAUUGUUCAUUUUGCCUACACAUAUACAUGUCAAACAAACAAACAUAGGUAUGCCUAAAUUCCAUACAAUAUUUAUAAAAUGUAAAAUAAUUUGUUGUGAUUUGAACGUAAGACAUGUUCAUGUAUGUAUGUAUAUCGUUGUUUGAACAUCCGCUUAUCAUUCUUAUUUUUUUUUAAAAACAUGCGAGUAUUUAUGUAAGCCGUAAAAUUGCCAUUUACUGUAUUAUUAAAAAAUGUUAUAUAUAGUUGUUUUUUUGAAACUCGAAACGUGUACAAGUAAAAAGUUGUAUUUGCGAGUUCAAAUGUAGACUUGUAGACAAUUUUAAACAAAAGUGGUACUGUAAAAGUAAUUUCAGUAUUGUAUAAGAUAUGUAUACAUAUAUUAAAAGUCUCUGUACAUCCGUUUAGAAUCCAACAAAGCUGAUACACUUAAAAAAAAAACAUUAUUGUUUUUUGUUUCUAUUACUUCAAUUUUCAAAUUAAUACCGUUGUAUAUGUAUCUGCCGUUGUUACACUGAUUUAAGAAAACAAUAUAUAAGCCGUUUAUUUUAUAUGAACUUAUGUAACAAAUGGAUAAUGCAUAACUUUUGUUAAUUUAUCACAGAAACUCUUUUAUACGAACUGCGAUUCUAAAUAAUACUGUUAAAACAUGUCAUUACCGCCUUGAUAGUGUAUUAGUAUUUAUAAUCUUAAAUGUCUCUUUUAGGUAAUGUUAUACGGUUAUACAAAGAAACGUGAAAGACAAUAAUGCGUAUACUGGAAUAUGAAGACAAUGUACGUGUGUAUCAGUCUGAAUAAGCUAAUUGUCUGUCUGUCUGUCUUUCUGUCGAUUGAACUGGAACUGCAUUUUUCGAAUUCAAGUGUUGGUUGUUCUUCAUUUGUUUUAUUUAUCACUACAUUCCAAUUUUACUUACACACAGCUAAGUAAAAUGUGUGUUUAUUCUUCGAAAAGGUUAUAUAUGAUAAUGUUUGUUUUAGUUCAUAACAAAACACAUCAUAAGUAGUCAUUUAUAAGUGAAGUUUGUUUUGGAACGAAUGAAAAUGCAAGGAAAUAUAACAUAAUAAUCAACAUAAAUUAUAUAGUAUAUAAUGUGUACAUUAACAGUUACUAACAAGCAUUAAUUUGGCAAUUUAUUGAAUAUAUUUGAAUGUUGUCUAUAUUUAUAACCUUUAUAUACACAUUUAGUUCUAAAUAUAAUUGUUAAUGAUUGGUAUAUUACUUACAACCUUAUUCAACAACACCAUUACUAGUUAACUUACAAGUCGCACCAUUUAUAUUUAAAUGUUGAUAAAAAUUACAGGUCGGCAGCUCUUCUUAUGGAUAUAUAUUGAAGCAUGUAUACUAUGUUCCCUCAUUUUCAUGUUUUGGUAUUUAGACAUUGUUUGUAUUGAAUUCUUUUUGUAUCUUAAUACCAUAAUUAUGUUAAGAUGUUUAAUUUUUAUUACAACUAUCAUUGAUUGGUUGUUCAUUGUUUUAAUAUUUUCUUAUUAAACGAUUGCAUCACCAUAGUAAGGAGACUAAUACAAAUUAAAAUCGUGAUUUAUUGUUUUUACUAUUCAUUAUUACAAAUCAAAAUAUGUAUACCCACCAAAUGAUAUUACGCGUCAAAUUUAGUCAAUGUAUAUUUGUUUUUGUUCUUACAAUUAUUAAUUCCAAUUUAAGCAUAACAAUUCAGAGUCAAUAAUUUCCUUGUAACAAUCGUGAUCUUGAUGAUAGAAAACAUCCCUGUGUUCUAUAUAGAACACAGUAUAAUGUUAAAUGAGUGCGGAAAGUAUUAGUACAGAUAUGAGUAAAAUAUGAAUUCGUGAUAAAGAUUGUUACGUUUGUUGAUGCCACACAAGAUACAAAUUCAUUGCAAUCAAUACUUAUUUCAAGUAUUAUUAUGAAAUGCGCAUGCAUUUUUGCCUCUAACCAAAUAUGUCAGGGUAUAAAUUAAUUAAGUAU